AUGACUUGGAACUUUUCUGAAGCAGGACGUGGAAAGGGAGCUCUAGACGGUAUUGGUGAAGUGAUAAAACGUACUGCUGAUCGAUUAGUGGCUUUAGGAGAAGAUAUUCCUAAUCUUACAUGUCUAGUUGAGCAAAUAUCAAAUCGUUGCUCUGGAAUUCAGUUACAAGUUGUCACUGAAGACACUUUUCAAAAAAUUGAUAGCGAGUGCUCAGUUCCAAAUGAUCUCAAAGCUUUCAAAGGAACUUCCAUUCAUCAAAUAACUUGGAAUUUAAAUAAAUCUAAUACCGUAUUAUUCAUUGUACGAGCUCAGAAAUCUGUUCUCACUACUACUUAG